AUGAAAACCUUUACAAUUUUGGGUAUGUGCAAUACCAGAUUUCCAGACUACGAGUUUAAUCAAAAAAUAUUAGAGAAUAACCCUGAGGCUGUCAAUCCUCUUGCGUACGACCUAGGUCUUUCGAAGGAACUCGCAUUCCACGACGUCUAUUCGAUUUCUGACCCAGAACUGUUGUCACUCAUUCCUCGACCAGCGCUUGCGUUGCUUGUUAUAAUACCUUUAACUCCAACCUGGAAGGAAACUAGGGAGAGAGAAGAUGGGGCCAAGGGUGAAUAUACCGGUUCAGGAGAAUCCGAGCCUGUCAUCUGGUUCAAACAAACUAUCCACAACGCGUGUGGAUCCUAUGGACUCAUUCACUGUGUUCUCAACAGCCCGGAGGCAAGAAAAAAGAUUAUCCCAGGAAGCGAGUUUGAAAGGAUAUUGCACAAAGCGAUACCCCUCAAAAUGAAGGAACGUGCUGCUGUGCUCGAAGAAUCUGACGUUCUUGAGGCUGCUCAUGAAGCCGCCGCUAAACUGGGCGACACCAUCCCUCCUGCGGAUGCAGAAGAGGCGCACCGUCAGGGACAUCAUUUCGUUGCCUUUGUAAAAGCUAAAGACGGACAUCUUUGGGAACUGGAAGGAGUAAGGAAAGGUCCUUUGGAUAGGGGUGCCCUAGCUAAUGACGAGGAUGUCCUGAGUGAGGCCGCCCUAAACAAAGGACUGGGAAGGUUGAUGGAGAUCGAAAGGGAGAAAGGAGGCGACUUGAGGUUCUCUUGCUUAGCUUUGGCCCCGAGCAUUGCGUAG